CUCUCUCCCCCCUCUCUCUCUGACACCGGUGACAGGGCAGGACAGAGGUAGACUUUCAGUUCUAGCCUUCAAUACACAGUGAAACAGUAGCCGUGCCCUUAUGCAUUUUUAACAGCUCAGCAGGUGAUGGGAACAGUUUGGUUGGGACAGUUUGUCCACAGAUAGAGUGACCAAAUAAUGAGCUGUUAAUGACACUCAUUUCCCUGGAAAAAAGGACGACUUUCCUUUGAACUACAAUCACGUUCUGCUCACCUUUGACACUGCCUGCGAAUAAACAGGUGUUUUUCUUUUUGGGAAACACUUCUAUAUGUCCUGGGAGACACAAUACACGCUUCCAAAGUGUAGUAGUAAAAUAGGAUGCCCGGAGCUAGUGGCGUCAAUGCUGAGGGGUCUUGUGAGGCCCUGUGUCGAACCCUUGUCUCCCAGAAGGGCCUGCAGAGAGAGACUGCUGACAUCUCUCACUCUGUCCUCUAUACCUCACUGAUGGGCCUGCUUCUGGUCACCGACAACGAGAAAGAGAGGCUCACUGUAGGAAGUGGAAGAGUUGGCCUUAAAAACAUAGGAAAUACAUGCUUCCUGAACGCAGUUGUCCAAUGUUUGUCUCACACGCGUGGCCUCCGGGACUACAGCCUCCUCAAGUCCUACAGGGAUGACAAGUUCUCCAAAGAGGAGGCUAAGCUCAUGGAAGCUUUCUCUCAGGUGCUGUCAGGCCUUUGGGAUACAAAUGAAGGGGACACAGUGGUAAACCCACGACAGUUUUACAACAUUUUUAAAGAAGCGGUGCCUUACUUCAGUGGAUACAGUCAACAGGAUGCACAGGAGUUCCUCAGGUUCCUAUUGGACAAGCUGCACACAGAAAUCAAUCGCAGACCCUACGUUCGAAGAACAGGAAAGGAGCCUGAACAAAAUUUUGCCAGAUUUAGGAUUUCAGAAGAGGUCGCUGCCAUGUGGAAGAAGCACUUGGAGAGAGAUGACAGCAGAAUAGUAGACCUGUUCUCCGGCCAGUUGAGGAGCUCGCUGCAUUGCUCCGUAUGCUCCCACUCCUCCAACACAUUCGACGUGUUCUGUGAUCUGUCGCUGCCCAUCCCCAAGAGGAGCUCCGCUGGGCAGGUCACGCUGAGGGAGUGCCUAGAGCUCUUCUCUCAGGAGGAGAAACUGGACAAGGAUAAUUCCCCUAUGUGUGAAAGGUGUAACAGGCACACUGAGUGCACCAAGCGGCUUUCCAUCCAGAGGUUUCCCCAGGUUAUUGUGAUCCAUCUGAACCGUUUUACGACAUCUCGCUGGUCUAUCAGUAAAAGCACGGUGUAUGUGUCCUUCCCUCUGACUAACCUGGACCUCGGACGUUAUGGGCCUGUCGACUGUGGCCCAGUUCUGUAUGAUUUAUAUGCAAUAUGUAACCAUGCUGGCACAGUGAACAUGGGCCACUACACAGCCUGCUGCUCAGAUGAAAAUGGUUGGUGCUUCUACAAUGACUGCAGUGUGACUCCAGUCUCAGAGAACCAGCUUCAGACCAAUCAAGCCUAUGUGCUGUUCUACCAGCGCAGCAACAGUACCACCAUCAGGAAAUAGAUCCAAGACUGGCUGAGCCAAGCAGCCAAUCAGAGCAACUUUACCUCCAGUGUCCAUAGAAACAAAUAGAAGCAGCAGUACUGGCACCUAUAAGCAGCUCAAUCUUAAUGAGUAUGCCACCAAAUAAACUCUGUGGAGGAAGAGGGAGAUGCCAUGGUCACUUUAAGGAAAGCUUGACGAAGCAAUCUCCCCUCCUGAAUCAUAGAGAUGCAUUUGAAGAGUCUCAGUGAGAGACAGAGGCAGCUCAGACUUCAGCCUUAAGAGUGUCCGCCUACUUCUCAGGCAGAGCAGUAACUUGCACAUGAUGCAUAGCUCUUGAUGUUUAAUAAUUGUGAUUCAGGCUUGUGAUGCAACAUACACCCAAAUAAACAAAGAUACAUAUUGGGUAGAAUAAAAAUAGGCAACAACUGAUGACUCAAUAAGUGGCAUUUCAUCUAAAGCUAUGAUUUGUGAAAAUAAAGAGAACAUGAUUCAAAAUGUCUUUAGCGUAUGCUUACUCUGACAGUUAACCCUGAAACUUGAAAACAUUGGAAUGGUCUUUCCUGCAACAGAAUUAUAAUUUCUAUGUAUAUAUAAAUGUAUGUAUUUUUUUACAUCUGUGUUUUAAAUUACACUAUUGAAUGUGUGAUUUUUGAAACAUCAAUAAAAGACCACUGAAAACAUCUGAGCAAUGAAUUA